ACCCCGCGCCUUUCGGCGACGUUAUCCUUACUUGUCUCUCCGGAGUCGCCGUCUUUGCAUUGCUUGUGUACGGGUUGCUGUGGUUAUCCUGUUAUUCCUGGCGUUGCCGGGAUUCCACUCCCUCGUUCUCUCGGUCGCAAGCACGCACACACGGCCAUGCGCUCGCUCUCCGUCCGCGGGGCUGCUGCCCUCCUGCUGGCCCUCACAGGCUCCUCCGCUGUCGCCGCCCCCCACCAGUCCCGGGCCGCCCCGCGCUACGUCACCAACCGGCAGCGUGCCGACGCGGUCAAGGACGCGUUCCAGGUCUCGUGGGAUGGCUACUACAAAUACGCGUUCCCGCACGACUCGCUGCGGCCCGUGACGAACGGGUAUGCGGACGACAGGAACGGAUGGGGCGCAAGCGCGGUCGACGCCUUCAGCACCGCGCUGGUCAUGGGCAAGUGGGACGUCGUAGGCCAGAUUCUGGCCUACGUGCCGACCAUCAACUUCGACAACACCACCGACAGCGUGUCCCUGUUCGAGACCACCAUCCGCUACCUCGGUGGUCUGCUGGCUGCCCACGACCUUAUCACGGGCCCUCUCAGUGAUAACGUCAGCAAGACCGCCAAUGUGACGGCUAUCCUGACCCAGGCCAAGCGGCUGGCCGACAACCUCAAAGUCGCCUUCAACACGACGAGCGGCGUCCCGGACAACAACCUCUACUUCAACCCGCCGCGCCGGGGUGGCUCGGACACCAACGGAAUCGCCACCAUCGGCACGCUGGUGCUCGAGUGGACGCGCCUGAGUGACCUGACCGGUGAUCCCCAGUACGGAGCGCUGGCUCAGAAGGGCGAGUCGUAUCUGUUGUCCCCGUCGCCGGCCCUGGGUCAGCCGUUUCCCGGUCUGCUGGGGACCAACGUGAGGCUCUCGGACGGCCAGUUCGUGGACGGCAACGGCGGUUGGGGCGGCGGCGACGACAGCUUCUAUGAGUAUCUCAUCAAGAUGUACCUGUACGACCCGCAGCGGUUUGCCAAGUACCGCGACCGUUGGGUGGCCGCGGCCGACUCGUCCAUCAAGUACCUCGCGUCGCACCCGACCACGCGGCCCGACCUCACGUACCUCGCCAUGUGGCAGAACACGACACUGCGUUUCACCUCGCAGCACCUCGCCUGCUUCAACGGUGGCAACUUCAUCCUGGGCGGGCUCACGCUGGACGAGCCGCGGUACACGCGCUUCGGGCUGGCGCUGGUGGACGGGUGUCACGACACGUACACGUCGACGGCGACGGGCAUCGGGCCCGAGAUCUUCUCGUGGCAGGACGCGUCGCUGGUGCCGCUGAACGCGCCCAACAACCCGGGCCCGCCGGCCGCCCAGGCCGCCUUCUACAACGCGUCCGGCUUCUGGAUCGACAACGGCGCCUACGUGCUGCGCCCGGAGGUCCUCGAGAGCUACUACUACGCCUACCGCGCCACCGGCGACCCCAAGUACCAGGACUGGGCCUGGGCCGCCUUCCAGGCCAUCAACGCCACCUGCCGCGUCGGCAGCGGCUACUCGGAUAUCAAGGACGUGAACAAGCCCGGCGGCGGCGGCUUCGAUGACUUCCAGGAGAGCUUCUGGUUCGCCGAGGUGUUGAAGUACAGCUAUCUGAUCCAUGCCGAGGAUGCUCCGUGGCAGGUCAAGGCCGACCACACGAACCAGUUCGUCUUCAACACCGAGGCGCACCCGAUCCGCGUGGCGGGAGGGCAAGAGAGGGCAUGAUGGGCCGUGUGAGAUGAGGCGGCGGGUAUAUACGAUGGUAGCGCUAAAUGGUAGUGGUAGUGCUAAUGCUCUGAAUGAUUUCACGGGCCGCUUUUUCUCCAGCCAUC